CGCAGCACCUCCUGCCCGCACGGCCCUGCCCUGGCGGCUCCCUGCGGCUGGCAGGUCACCGGCUCAGGCAGAACCGCACAGGUGAGACUACAAGUUCCGUGCCACAGGAUUGAAUCCUUCAGAGGAUCUGCCCCCGGCUCGGGGGGACGCGGCCCCGAGGCACCGGCGGGCGGGAAGCGCCGCCUCCCUCCGUGAGGGCGGGCACGGGCCGGGGCGCUGUGUCAGAAGCGGGCGGACAGCGGGCACCAUGCCGCUCCUGCCCAGCCUGUCCCCUGUCACCUGGCUGCUCCUUGUCGCCUUCCUGUGCCUCGUGGUCCUCUAUGGGAUAUGGCCCUACCAGACCUUCAAGAAGCUGGGCAUUCCUGGCCCACGGCCUCUGCCAUUUGUGGGAACUUUCCUGGAGUACCGACAUGGAGUCCACAAUUUUGACCAGAAAUGCUUUGAAAAGUAUGGAAAAAUCUGGGGGCCAGGCAGGAAAUCUCUUUCCUCCACAGGUAGAUUGUUUGGUGUGGAUUUCUUGUCUCCAGCCAUCAGUAGUGGAAACAGCACAGACAGCCCAAGUGCAGCUGUGGACCGGGUAGAUUUCCUGCAGCUCAUGAUUGAAUCACAGAACUCACAUGAUGGCUCCAAGUCUGCUGAGACCAGCUUGGACAAAACAUUAAGUGAUGAGGAAGUUCUGGCCCAGGCUCUUAUCUUUGUCUUUGCUGGUUAUGAGACCACCAGCUCCACCCUCAGCUACAUAGCCUACAACCUGGCCACCCACCCUGACGUGCAGCAGCGACUCCAGGACGAGGUCGAUGCACACCUGCCUAACAAGGCCUCUCCCACGUACAACGCCAUCAUUCAGAUGGAGUACUUGGAUAUGGUGGUGAGCGAAUCCAUCCGGCUCUACCCCACCGGGGGCCGGCUCGAGAGGGUCUGCAAGAAGACUGUGGAGCUCAAUGGAGUGACUAUUCCAGAGGGAAUGGUGGUCCUGAUCCCAGCCUUCGUGCUGCACCGGGACCCACAGUACUGGCCAGAGCCGGACGAGUUCAGGCCUGAGAGGUUCAGUAAAGAGAGCAAAGAGGGUAUUGACCCCUACACCUUCCUACCAUUUGGGGCAGGCCCCAGGAACUGCAUAGGGAUGAGGUUUGCUCUCCUUGUUGUGAAAGUGGCUGUGGUUGUCCUGUUGCAGAACUUCUCAUUCAGACCCUGCAAAGACACACCGAUCCCACUGGACCUGGACUCGAAAGGUUUCAUGCAGCCAAAGAAGCCCAUUGUCCUGAAGAUGGUCCCCAGAGCCCAGGCUGACCUGAAGAAGUGAAGGAAGCAGGAGCAGAGCAAGAGAUUCUUAUUUAAUGGUGCCUCCUCCAGCUCUUGAGAGGAGACCAGGUUAAUGUGUGCACUGUAGGAAUGUCAGGGGGGCAGGGCCCCCCCAUUUCAUGGGGGUUUGGCCCAGCACAGUUACAUGAGCAUUAUCCUAAUGAACAUGAGACCAAGUCCUGCUGUCCCCAAUCACAAUAGGCAUUUUGCAAGACCAUUUGCACUCCAGUUAUUUGGGCAUUUUUUUCUCUGUCUCUGAAGAGGCACUUUUCUAAGCAAUUUGAUUCCAGGCACUGUCAGUCUCUUCUGGCAGUGUAAUUUAAAUCAAGAUGGGGAGAGCAAAUUGCACAUAGUUAAGUAAUGCUGCCAUUGCUCCUGUUCCUUCUGCCUGCUGGGUGAUUCUGUGUGUCUCCUGGUUUCAUUCUCCUGGGAAUGCAGAGUUGUCCAAGGACGUUUCCUCAGCUCUGUGCUAUGACCCUGACAAAUGUUAAAAUGGUCACGUCCUUACAGUACUGAAUGCCUGCAGCACAUUUUCUGAUGCUGAUAUAUUUAGAUUUUGGUAUGAUUUUAGAUGGCUUUUGUGUGAUUCCAAGUGCAGAUGGGUUAACUGGAGGAGCCAGGAGAGAAGCAGUUACCCCUAAGGACUGGAGAUUUGCAGAGUGGGAGAGAAGUGUCCCACAUGUGGUUCCUGAUUGUUUGCUUAUUUUAUCGUGGGCAUGCAGCCACCUGCCGUGGGAGGGAUUGUCAACACAGGCACUAUCCAUGCUGCUAUCAUGACACCUUUUAGUCUAAUUUAUAUUACACCACUGUAAGACCAACUUAACUAAAUUAAUCAUUAUGCAAGGUGCGGCACUGAGAGCCUUCAGAUGUCCUGGGCAAUCCUGUCUGGAAGAAAGGUGCCUUUGCCUAUUGAGAGCUUCAAAAUCUUGCCAAAGUUUUACAUUUUUGUACAGUCUAGAAUUUCAUAUUAUUCCUCCAAAAACUGCUGCAGGAAUGCUAACUGCAAUAAAAAGUUCACUUGC